GUCGAUUGUUCAUCAAUGUCAUUGUUCAGCCAUUGAAGGCGCUGGGUACUGCAGUCAACACGUCUGGAUGCAGUAGGUCUGGGGGGUGCCGAAGCAGAGAUUCAAUGCCUCGACCCCACCACACAGCUCAGAGCCAGGAAGUGCCUGCUCAAAGAAGGCGGGAUGCGUCGUUUCUUUGUCAUCGGGGUAUGGAGCUAGCGAGCGGGCAGACAAGGGCCCGUUGGUUUUGAUCUCUGGUGGAGUCUCCUGCAUCACAAUGCAAGGUGGCUCAUCUGCCCCGUAUGGAGCCCCUUACGCAGGAGCAUCUCAAUCGCUGCCGUUCAUGACUCCCAGAAUUGCCACAGGCCCUGUCGUUCAAAGUGGACCCUUUGAUUACGCAUCCGGCAUGCAUGGUGGAGUUGACCAGUUUGGCCACCAUCAACAGCUGCAAUGGAUUGCCAGGCCUGGGUACCACCAUCAAAGCCUGGGUUUCUUCCCUCCAAUGCCACCACCAUGGGGCAACAGACCAAACGUCAGCCCCCAAACCACCACAUUGCUACCGCAGCCAGCAAGCACCUAUCUGCAGAGCCUAGUGAAACAUAUCGAAGAGAAACAUCCCCCUCAUCGGUUGCGCUCGUAUGAGCUGAAAGACCAGAUUCGUGCCGUGAUUUCAAAAGUAGAACAACUAAAAGAAAUAACACAGAGGAUUCAGCAGCUGAGUGGCAACCAGAGUGAAAUAGAGGACCAUGGAAACAGCACCGAGGAAGCUAUGGCACGGCCAACUGGACCAUCUGCUCCUGACAGUUCAAAAUCUGGCUAUGUAGAUGCUCCAAGAGAUUAUCAUUUUGAACCUCCUGAGGCAGCCAAGCUUGUUAAACAUAAAGGCCUGGAACCGGCUGAAGUCGAGUCAUUAGUUGAGUCCGAAAGAUUGGAGGAACUUUUCCGUGCGGAAGCAACUGCAAAGGCUUUGAAGGCGUCCAUUGAGCAGCUUCUGCGGCAACUGCAUCAACUUAGGACAGGGGAAGACGCCAAGGCAGACACAGUAGCAUGGAAGGAGUAUGAGACCAGGCAAAAGAAGAUAAAGCGGUACCGAGUUCGCCGGAAGAAGCAUCGGAGGCAGGUGGCCCAGAAGUUGCGAGAAGAAAGGGAGGCCUUCAACAGUGUUGAUACUGCAGCUGACGAGUGGCGAGCCCAGCGUCUGGCACAAGACAUUGCACGAACCCGGCUGCAGCAAAUGGAGAAGGCUGCCAACGCUGAGGCACAAGAAAAGAAGCGACAGCUUGAGCACGACGUGAACUCCUUAUUGCUGCUCGAGCGGCUGCAAAAGUUGCGCGCUCUCCGCAUUGCGAAGCUACGGAGACAGGGUCAUAUCUUCCCAGAGGAUGACGACGACUUCAUGGCCCGCGUGCAACAAAGUGCGAAGCAAGAAGCCAAUACAAGCGCAGGGCGCGGGAUCACGGAAGAAGGUGCGCAAGACGCAAUGGGGCCGAAGCUAGGGGACGACGUAGAGUUAGGGCAAAUGGUUUGGUCGGAAGAAGAAACCGCUCAAGCUCACAGCCCAGAACGUACUCGAAGGGACAAUGGGGUGACGGGGAGUUCAGACAGCAGCCGGCAAUCUGAGCCAGAGCUGCAACACUACUUCCUCAACUCGGCCACGGAUAUGGGUCGGCUCAUCGAAGUUCGACGUGCGUGGGAUACGUUCCUGUCUCCAGAUGGCAGUGCCAUACCGGGUCACUGGAUAGAGCCCCCUGACCCUCCCAGUUCCCUAUGGGCGCACUUUCUGGAGAAACGGGCAACCUGAAGUUGCAGUACAAAUAUAUUGGAGGGGGAGGAAAGGGGAAUGUCUUGACCAGGCGAAGCAGAGGCUGGAAACGUAUCCGUGCUGUAUCCUCCUUCGGCUGCUUUGACGCUGAUGCCUGCCUUUGCCGAUCCAUUGAAUUCCAAUCUCGAACUCAGCAGCGUCCAGCAUCUUGAGCUUUGGACGCCCACUAGGCUUUGUGCUAUACAACCUGGCAUUGAAAAGGGACCCGUUGCAUCACCUUCUGUUGCGCAGCCCAUCUUAAUGGACAAUUGCUCUGGCAACCCACUCAAAUACGGUAUUACAUGAGCGGCAAAUGCAUGGAACAGUAGUCGUUUCCAAGCCUUGCGAGCUCAGACGAGAAACCUCAUAUUUGGGCAGAUUUUGUUUGAAUAUCGUUUGCAAGGUUUCUCACGGCAAGCAGUGUGCUCCAGAUCGUUUGCUGUUCUGAGCUAGCAGAAGUAGAACGGUGUUCGACUCGAGCAUCACAGUGGCUCAACAUGCGAAAUCGUAGCAAGGUAAACGCAAUCUUCCAAUGUCCUUAAUUUAGCCUCAGGCUCGCAUCAAAGUCCCCAGGACAUCGAUGAUCCACAUUACGGUGCGCAGCUUUAGAA